UUCAAGCUUUGUGUAAAGUGAAGCUAAUUUUACGUAUUAGUUCGGCUCUAUCGCAAGUGCAAAAAUUAUGUCGAACGCGGUAAAGUCGCAGCUGGAAGUGAAAGCAAAAUGCGAACAGCAGCUUCAGUCAUUAAAAGAUCUAUCCGACUGGGUACAAGAAAUGAAUCAAACGGAGACACGGUAUAAGCAACAGAAGGACCAGAGUCGAGUUAAUCCUCCAAUUAGAAGCCACGUUGAUGAAAUAGAUAAGUUCGCUGAAGAUCAAAAGGUUACAGAAAAGGACUAUUCAUGCGUCGAUAGAUUGAUUGCCUCUGAACACCUGAAAGAUGCAGAGAUUUUCAAUCAAAAAGGAAUCGAGUUUUGCAAGCGUACUAAGGAAGGAGAGGAUUAUAACAUGUAUAAGGAAAAAUACGGCCAAACGGCAAUCGAGAUGUUCACCAAAGCUAUCGAAAUAAAUGAUCGAAAUCCUGCCUAUUAUGUUAAUCGAGCGCAGUGCUAUUUUAAUUUGGAGCGGUAUGAGGAAACCAUUACAGAUUGUGACAUUGCCAUAUCAAUAGAAAACAAGCAUGUGACAGCGCACUACCGACGAAUGAAAGCAUUCGAACAUUUGGGCAAAAACAAGUUGGCAUAUAUUAAUUGCCAACAAUUAUUGAAACUUACCAAUAAUGCGAACGAAUUGGUAAAAAUCAAGCAAGAUAUGGAGAGAAUAGAAACUAGAUUGCGACAGGAGGCAGAUAAGCUCAAACUACAAGGAAAUACUCAACUUGGGAACAAAAACUACGUUAAAGCCUGCGAAUAUUUUUCUAAAGCAAUAGAUGUAUUCGAAAAUGAUUCAAUUUAUUAUCAUAAUCGCAGUUUGUGUUACUUUCACAUGAAGAAUUACGAGAACUGUCUCGAGGACUGCAAUAAAGCGAUUGAGCUAGAUAGGGGAUAUUUUCGUCCCUACUAUCAACGAAUGCGAGUACGAGAACAGAAAGGAGAAUAUUACGAAGCAAUAAUUGAUUGCAAGAAGUUUCUUGAUUUAGUAAGAGACGAAAAGCAACGGCUAACUGCCAAAAAAGAUCUGGAACGUUUACAGCGUGCAUUAGAACUUAAACAAGAGCCAAAGUCCUUCCAAUGGAAUGAAUUGAGCAAGAACGCCUCUUUAAUCAAUUUUAUCCAGAAGCCUCCGCAUCUUCGAUCUAAGGUACCGCUCAGAAGGAUUCAAAUCUCAGAGGAUAUCUCAUCUGGUGAUAACCAAACUGUACCUACCAACUACGUUGUAGCUUCCGAUUAUGAAACUAUUCCGGAUGAUGUGAUCGAUAAAAUGUUCAACAACAACACCGGAGAACGGGUUGAUCAUACAAAACAUGACACUGGUUCUGAUAACCAGAGCUUUAUAAAAGCAAUGCCCAAUUUGAAAAAUUAUUUUUCGCCACCAGUUACUCCUUCUAGUCCUCCGAAAGAUACUCUAUAUAGUCAGCAUUCACCGUUAGGUGCUUGCAACAAUUCUUCGGCUGGAAAGGACGAAGUGAAGACAUCAAAAUACGUUUCAGAAUCUGAACCGACCCUCACGGUAGCUGCAGAACCUAAGAUAGAAGCUGGUUUGUCACAGAGUAAGCUGGAAAAGGAGAUGAUUAAUCAGGGAAAUCAGUACCAACCGGAAACAACUGAUAAAAAGGAGGGUAAUCAGAACUUUGAGAAGACGUUUAAAUAUUACGCCAUUCCUUCAACUACAGUCGAGUUUAACCAAACCUGGAUCAAUUUACAAAAUCCCAUUGACCGAUUUGAGCUUUUAAAGCUCGUCGAAAGUGGUCCACUAGACAAACUGCUUGGAGUAAAUCUCUCAUCCUCUAUGCUGUCUGACAUUUUGCUCCUACUUGAUCAGUACUGCACAAAGCAAAAUUAUUGUCCUCUGCAAAUUCUUACAAAAAUUGCAGAGAAUUCCGAAAUCGCGAUUCUCGCGCUGCUGUUAAGUGACAAAGACAAAAAGUGUUUGUCAAACUUGCUCAAAUUAAUGAAAUCAAUGGAAGUAAUCGACGAGGCAUUGGAGAAAAUUAGAAACUGUUUCAAUAUCGACAGUUGCACAGAUGGUCACUAAGUUUGUUUAGUUUUAUCAGCUAGUAUCAUUCAACUGAAUUAAACUUUCACGAAUGGUAAAUUUUAACAUUCACGCAGUUUGUUGAAUGAUAGAUGACCAUAACCUCCUUGCUAUGUAUCAAAAAUUGAAAAACAUGAAAACACAUGAAAUCACCGAAUUUGGUUUGUUAAUUGU